CUGGAGUGAAGAGAUAGCGGGUUGCUGUGUGACUUUUACAUUUCCCUUAGUGCCUGAGAAGUAAACUAAACCAAGGCGUCAAUUCAAGGGCAGAGACACUUUCAAACUUAUCUUCGGAGGCCACCAUGCUGGAGGACAAGAAGACCAAGGUGAAGAUCACCUUCUUGGUCAUCCUGGUGGGCAUCUCGUCCAUGUUGGCGGCAGUGGUGACGGACCACUGGGCGGUGCUGAGUCCCAGGGUGGAGCGGCUCAACACCACCUGCGAAGCGGCCCACUUCGGACUCUGGAGGCUGUGUAAAAAGAGUAUCUUCAUUGUGGAGGAAGACCCUCAGGGUAAAGGCUGUGGCCCUAUCAGCCUGCCAGGAGUCAAGAACUGCUCCUACUUCAAACACUUCACAUCAGGGGAAGAGGCUGAAGUUUUUGAAGUAAAGACUCAGAAAGAGUACAACAUCUCAGCUGCUGCCAUUGCAAUCUUCAGUUUGGCCUUCAUGACCCUGGGCAGUCUCUGCCUCCUGGGGGCUUUUGGGAAGGGUAGAGACUAUCUGCUGAGGCCAGCUGGCAUGUUCUUUGCUUUUGCAGGUCUGUGCAUCGUCAUCUCGGUGGAGAUCAUGAGGCAGUCGGUCAAACGCAUGAUUGACAGCGACGAGACCAUAUGGAUUGAGUACUACUAUUCGUGGUCCUUCGCUUGCGCCUGCGCCGCCUUCACCCUCCUCUUCCUCAGCGGCAUCAGCCUCCUCAUCAUCUCUAUGCCACACAUGCCCAGAAACCCCUGGGAGACCUGCAUGGACGCCGAACCAGAGCCCAUAGACUAGAGUAGCGUCGACCACAGAGUAAGAGCGCAACGCAACUGACACAGGAGUCACUCUAGCAGAGCGAAUGAUAAUGAUGCAUUGCAUUUAUAGAUGAUGAUAGUGUUGCAUUGAUAUUUUUAAC